AAACAAUUUCGGUUAAAGUCUAUGUCGUGCAUGUCUGGUUUUGUCUUUGUGCUGGACCGUGCGCGCUUGCGCAAAAACAAAAUCAAAAGCAUCGAGUGGUGUUAUGUUAAUGCGAACAGAGAUUGAUCCACAAAUGUGAUCCAGGUGAUGAAGGAUGGAAUGUAGUGUAUACUAGUUAAUAAACGGAAGCGAAGUAGUGAUGAAAGUGGAACGCGAUGGAUAGAAAUCGCGGAUGCAGAUGAAAGGUGGAAGUAGCAAUGAAGGUCGGUCACUGAAAUGAGAGAUCCCUCGGAUACAGAUCGUGAAGGGCUGAAAUGAGCCCAGGAAGUAUUGGAAUUGGCUGUAUUUUUUUGCGCUCCCUGAUGCCGAUAUAGAUUACUUCCCGAGAAGCCAAAAGAACAAACUGACAAAAAUGAAAAAAUGCGAGAUGCUGGCAACUUCAUCUGUGGUGAUCAUCGACAUACAGCCCGAUUCUGUAAGUAAGUAAUUAUUGUUUUGUUGUUUAUUGUGUAUAAUUCAUUGGUUUUGGAUUUGGUUGUGCCGGUUUUGUUUUUUGACCACAAAAGAUUCAAAUUAGUGCACCAAAGAUUCUAUGUUUGUGAGCCAUUUCGUAUAAAGCUACCUCCUUGCUGCGUGAGCAAACGUUUGUAAAGACAUUUCUACAUGAUCUCGAGAUACAGUUUAAGUAAUUCCCCCAAAGACCAAAAGAUCCUAGACUAUAAAAUGGGCGUUUCUGCCGGUGCCUCGCUAAGAAAUUCUUUCCUUCGCGCGCUUUUGUUGCUUGGGAUAUUCUGCCACCUGCACCACACCUUGUCCACGUUCGACACGGUCAUCGCACUGCAGGUUGGUGUUCGUGCACCGGGGCCGCUUGAUGGCACCCCUCCGCCUGCGUACGCACACGCGCCAGUCGUGGUAAAGAACGGUCCAAACGGCUUGCGCAACUACGGCAACACUUGUUAUUUAAAUUCGGCGCUGCAAACACUUUUCCGCGUGCCUAAACUCCGGCUGUUCUUCGAAAACGAGUUUUGCAACAACCCCGCCGUCGAGGACACGCCGGCUAAUCGCGCCCCCGGCAGCCCGCUGCCGUAUCUCUUCUGCAACGUGUGGCGCGCGUUCAAGGCAGCGAACGAGGCGGCCUGGGAGGCCCACCCGAACUCCCUGCAGCAGUACGACGCAAGUAGAACCCGGAGUACCACAAAUCAUCCGUCCGGCAAGCCGGAGCCGCGACCAACGGUGAGUAACGCGGACGCGGGUGAUCCGCUCAACGUGGCCCUGCAGGCCUGGCUGGCUGCCUACUUCAACCCGGCCCACGGCGGGGUGCUGCAACCCGGCGAGCAAGACGACCCUGCGGUGGUGUACAACAUGGUGAUCGCGAAUUUGGAAACGACGAAGCAGCUCGAUCCUGCGGACGCAACCAGCACGCGAGUCUUCCGAUACAUAGACGUUCUUGCAGGUACAUACGAACAGAGCCUGCGGGUGCUGCCUCCUGGGCAAGCGACGAAUCCGUCGCCGGACCCAGCACACCGGUGCUCCGCAAGCCGGGACGAUUUUCUCGAGCAGCACCGAGUCAAUCUGGCUGGCGUCGAGAUGCGCGAAGUGCAGAACCCGCAUCGGCUUGAAGAUUUGCUGCACCGGAAAUACACGGAAGAGCAGGACGGGGAACGCAACAGCACACCCUGGGAGCACUGGCGCGACCACGCCGACCCGCACUGCCGGACAGAACCGGAGUUGGGGCCUGACGGGGCGCCGCGACCCAAAGUCGCCGCGGACGGAAAAGGAUGGUACCGCCAGGAGCAGUACUACAAGCUGCGGACGGUCAAUCCGGAUUUGCUGUCUCUGGACGUCAACCGCGAUGUGUACGAUCCAGUGGCGAAACGCAACGCCAAGGUGAAGAAUAAUGUGCAGCUUCCGCGGCGGCUGCGGGUUCCGCUCAGCUGGUUUGCGGACGCUCCGGCCGCGGGGUCGCCGGCGGCGACGAGCCCGGGAAUCCGGCCGCAGUCCGCCGACCGCCCUCUCUUGUACGAUUUGCGGUCCUUCGCCGUGCACACCGGCAACGGAGGCGGGGGUGGACACUGGCGGGCCUACGCGAAACUGGCAACGCCGGGGAUCCGAGACCUGCUCCCCUCGUGGUACCUGUUUGACGACUCCGUCGCCACCCCGGUUGCCAAGUUCGGAACUCGCCUCUCCGCGCCGGAGAUUAUGCAGAGCGUCACCAAAACCUGGUACGAGCGCGUGAUGGCGGUGUCGCCGGCAACGGGCGAUCUGGUUCCCUGCGACACCCUCUCGUCAGAAUUAGAACACUGCCCCGUCGAGGAAGAUGAAGCAGAUCCUGGUGGUUCCGGUGGCGGCGCGGGAGGUUCAUCCGGUGGCGGCGCGGGAGGUUCAUCCGGUGGCGGCGCGGGAGGUUCAUCCGGUGGCGGCGCGGGAGGUUCAUCCGGUGGCGGCGCGGGAGGUUCGGGUGGCGGCACUGGGGGUUCCACUGGCGCUCCUGGUACAGCGCCCCCUAACGCAACUCCGACGCCGCAGCCAAAUGAACCGCAAGGCUGGUCGACUGGGGCGAUCGUCGGAGUAACAGUGGGCGUUGUCCUUGGCCUUGCAGCAUUGGGGAUUCUCGUCUGGGUUCUUGUGGCACGACCCUGCGGCGGCAGCAGUACGGCAGAAGACGAGUUGUAGGUAGGAACAAGUUAAUAUGCUGGGAAGCUGAAGCACGAUAACGUCGCAACUUCAUUGGCAUAUCGAAUUCCGUCUGACGCUGCAGUUGCGACAAAAGACACAUUUUUUGGCGUUUUGUCACCCGCCGCCCCCGUAAUAUUCCGACAGCUGACUCGACCAAACCCGCCGGACAAGCAUCUAGUCCACUAUGCGCGUUGCGACGCGAUCACUUUCCGUAUGACACUGAGUAGAACGGACGUGACUCGCUCUCUCUUUCUGCUCUCUCUGCCGAGGAAUGCCGACAAAACACAGCACUUUUCACACCUGAAGAGGAAAGUCGACCAUAAUAUGCGGCACCCGCCGCUUUCAAAAAAACGUAGCAUUACAGUACACGCAAAGUAGUUCUUUCUAGUUCGAGGUAGAGCCAGUGAGUAAAAAAUUCGUCGUAAACGAGGCUGUCCAUGGCAUUAGCCCGUUCAAUUCCGGGAUGAGGAAUCUUUCACUGCACCGAAUGUCUUAUGGGUCGUAGCAAAAAGACAUGCCAUUUCUCAUUCGGAAGAACGAUGCAAUGGCGCCCUUUUCGCUUUGUCUACCCCGUGUAUGAGCUUGUGGACAGUCCUGGAGUUUUAAGCCCGUCUUUAUCUAUCAUUUUCAUUUAUCAUCUUUUUUGGACUGGAGAAUCUCGCUCAACUAGAAGGGAGCACACAUUCAUGUUGGUUUUUGGACUGAAGAACGCACUUCUCAUCUGAAAGAAAGCACAUGAUAUAGACGUACCGGUGAUGGUCUGUACAAUUCCCAAAUAAAGAGGAUGUAAGGAGCUCCGUUUGGGAUACGUCUAUACGUGACUUUGUGUAUGAUUAAUGAUCGUCAACAGCUGGAGGUUGUAGUAAUGCUGAGUAUUCAAGACGACUGACAGCAGCAUCCGCUUGAGCGGCGGUUGCAUGUCGCAAGCAGCCACAGCCUCGUGUCUGACGGCCGAGACGAAAAACCUUGACGACGCUAGUAGCGAAAAUCAAAACUCUAUAACAUGUACAUGAACAUGGAUCACUGCUGGCAUUCACUAUUUAUUCGGGAACAUGAUUUGCACCGAGGGUGCGAAGAGCUUUUUUGUGAGAU